CUACGCGUUCAAACCUGAUAUUUGUUGUACGAUGUACUGCUCCGGGCUACCUAUAAAUGUGUUGUCGUGAAAUUUUGCGCGCGAAUCAAGUGUAAAAAGGCCUGGAUGAGCUUACUCAAGAAUAUGCACUUGAUAUUUCAGAGUGUCUAAACAGAUUCCAUUAAAAAAAAACUAUUUGCAAGUCAGAUGUAAUUUACUUGGCGAUUAAAAGAAUGAAAAAAGAGUAUGAAAGUUUAGUGAACGCGUGAGCCAGAGGUUCAAGUGCGACCUCGUGCUCAUUAGGUUGUAACGGCUGAGUCAACUUAUGUGGAUCAAGAGUCUCAGUUCAAGUCUCACAUCCAGGACCUUUUAAAUUAUCUGACAGAUGUAUAAAAGUCUUAUUGUAUGAUUGUUAAAAAGCCGAUUGAAAUUUGCCGACAAUUUGUUUAUUUUUUAAGAAAUCGUAUAAUCAGAUAACGAUGGCGGGUAAUUAAUUGGAAAAUAAAUUAUUUACCCAAAUCAAGUAGCAUAUGAUAUAACCACGGUAAAUAAACAAGAGUGUGACAUGCCCAGAUAAUUACUAUUAUUCAUUUACCACAAACAACGUUGACCUCCCACGAGGCUUAGUGGUAGCGUCGCGGUGUGUAUAACGUUUUUUAAAGCAAGAUGGCAUGCCCAUUCUCACGUGGCUUCGGCCGGACAAAACUCGAAGAUGAUGAGAGUGAAAGAAGACCUAGUAAAGAAAAAAUAAAUAGAAAUGAAAAGUUCUUGUCAUGUAGACAAUCAUCAGUGCAGAUCACGUCUUCGUUGCUAGGAGAAGAGAUCGACGAUCAAGAAGACACACAGACUCUCAACCUGAAACACCUGAGAGCAGCUGUACUUAUUCUCACUAAACCUUCGAACGAAGUAAUAGCUGUCGCCUUGAGUACCCUUUUGAGCAAGAGUGAGCUACCACUGUCGACUUCAACAUCUUUAGAAAAGCUCCUUCACAACGUUGAUACUGAAGAGAACUACAAUUUGCUAGAAGAUAUUUAUGAGACCUUAAACUACGUUUGCGAUAUUGAAGUAAAUGUAUUUCUGGACCACUUGGGACAGGAAUUAAUUUCCACAGCUUGUGUAGGACUACUCGAACGAGCAUUUCGAUGUCUCGGAAAUGACCUGACGGCAUUUCUAACGACUCUUGAUGGUGUGAAUGAUGUUGUCCAACAUCAGUCUGGAACUAAUGCUGAAGCGGAAUUCGUAUGUAUAGCUACUCCGGAAGCUGUCGAGCUUCAUUUUACGACUGAUCACCCGUCCAUUGCUUAUCUCCUCGUUGGAAGUCUCAAAGGCAUUGCUAGACAAUUUUAUAAUGAUAAAGCUGAUGUCUACAUUCUUCCAGAUCCAUAUAAUAUCAAGUUCUUCAGGUAUCGGAUAACGCCUGAGCGCUACGAACAUCUGGGCACGACAUACGACGAUGACUUAGACGUGGUAACACCGAUAUCUCAUAUGUUAUCUACAGAAGCAGCAGACUUACGAAUGGGCGUUGCAAGUUUUUGUAAAGCAUUCCCAUGGCAUUUUGUCGUUGAUAGACAGUUGGAAAUUGUCCAGCUUGGUGUUGGAUUCAUGCGCAUUUUUGGACACAAUCUCAAUAAAUAUGGUCGUGAGAUAUCGACCUAUUUUGUAUUCAUUCGACCCCGCGGUGUUACACUUACAUUUCAUGAGAUUUUGAAGCGAGCGAAUACGCCAUUCGUUCUUACCCUACAAAAGCCACCCGGCACUGAUAAAUUUCUAGCUGAAGGUCUAGAGUUGAAGGGUCAAAUGGUACACUGCCCAGAAUCAGAUUCAAUUUUAUUUGUGAGUUCUCCAUUUCUCAAUGGCCUAGAGGGUCUCACAGGACGAGGUCUCUUUAUUUCGGACAUUCCACUUCAUGAUGCCACAAGGGAUGUCAUUCUGGUUGGCGAGCAAGCAAGAGCUCAGGAUGGCUUAAGACGACGUAUGGAUAAAUUGAAAAGUUCUAUUGAAGAGGCGAAUCGAGCAGUGGAUGCUGAAAGAGAAAAGAACGUUAGUCUGCUUCAUUUAAUUUUCCCACCGGAUAUAGCUAAACGACUUUGGCUUGGUGAAACAAUCGAAGCAAAGACCUAUCCUGAUGUCACGAUGCUCUUCAGUGAUAUAGUUGGCUUCACCGCAAUAUGCUCUACGACUACCCCGAUGAUGGUUAUCAAUAUGCUGCAGAAUCUCUAUGAGCGCUUUGACCAAUUCUGUGGUCAAUUGGAUGUCUACAAGGUGGAAACUAUUGGUGAUGCUUACUGUGUUGCUUGUGGUUUACAUAAAAAUACCAGCACUCACGCGCAGCAAAUUGCUUGGAUGGCUUUAAAAAUGAUACAAACAUGCUCUCAACAUCUGACACAUGAAGGGAAACCCAUAAAGAUGCGGAUUGGAAUUCAUACCGGAAUGGUAUUGGCUGGAGUCGUGGGUAAAAAAAUGCCAAGGUAUUGUCUUUUUGGACACAAUGUCACUCUCGCUAAUAAAUUUGAAUCAACUAGCGAACCACUUCGUAUAAAUGUUAGCCCAACAACAUAUGAACAUCUCAUACAAACACCAGGAUUCAUCUUGGAAGCGCGGACCAAAGAUAAUCUUCCGAAAGGAAUGCCAGCAAAUGUACCUGGCACUUGUCAUUUUAUCAAUGGCUAUUGUCAUCCUGAUGUUAAUAAAUCUGAACCACUAGAUGUUCAUAUUCAAGCAGCUGUAACUGAAUUGGGUAUUGCCGGUGGCAUGUAGAUAAAUUAUAUUAUAUUAUGAAAUGAUAUGAAUACAAUUAAAUAAAAUAAUUAUACAACAUA